GUCAUAAAUAGGAACCUUGUCAAGAAUGUGACUGCCUCCGAGGGGCGUGGCGCCAAAUUUCCCUCCGUGCCAAAUUUUCCGAGGGAUUUUCUUGCUUUUACUGCCUCGGCUCGCGGAAGUUCGGCCUUAAGCGGGUCGUCCGUCCGCCCCUGGGAAGCCGACCUUGUCUCGCGUCCCGGCUUCCGCCCUGCUCGAACGGCCCUCCAGGCUCGCGCUCACCCGCGGGAAAUUUCGCCCGUCCAGUCUCGCUGUUUCUCUUUCACGGUCACAUUUGUACAAACUAUAAACAUUUAACAUUGGGUUUUCAACAAUUUCCUUGCUGUACUGAGUGAAUUCCAGUUCCAAUUCUCCGCCCUCUACGCCAAUUUUCUCUUAAUAGAUUCAAUUAUACUCCAGGGACAUGAGUCAUCACCAACCUCCGCCUUACAAUCCAAGCUACGGUGGAUACUUCGGCCCACCCCCCGCAGCGCCUCCAAGCUAUGCAGAGGCAAGUGGAGGUGUACCACCUUCAAGUCCAUUCCAACCACAGCCAAUACACCACAAACAACCUACAUCAAUAGUAACAACUGUUGUGCCGCUAGGCCCUCAACCUACUCAUAUGAUAUGUCCUCACUGUCAUGUUGAAAUUGAAUCGAGCACCAAGAGAAAACCAGGGAUUAUUGCUUAUCUAUCAGGAAUAGCAUUAUGUGCUAUUGGUUGUUUUUGGGGGUGCUGCCUGGUACCUUGCUGCAUCGACAGUUGUAUGGAUGUUCAUCACACUUGUCCGUACUGCAAUGCGUAUCUUGGACGAUACAGGCUCUGAGGGACAGGAUAUAAAUUUUUCCUACCUGAUUCAAUAAUCAAACGAGAUAACUAAUGAUCUACUUAAUACCCUCGCAUAUUUUAACUUUUGGCUUGUAUGGUAAAUGUGCCUUAAAAUUAUUUUUUAUAGGUAAUAUGGUGCACUUUUAAUCUCGGAUGUCAUACAUUCCCAUGACAAAACUGUAUUUUGUUCAUUCAUGUUAUAAUUGCAGUUAUAUUAUUUAAAAAAAAUACGAUUGUACAUAUCAAAGUGAUGUCUGUUUUAACUUGUAUGUAUACGUAUUCCUUUUUGAAUCUACUUGAAAUUUUUGCUGUAAUUCAUGUAAAAAUUUGGCAAAUAUAAAUUUACAAAUUA